UAUUGGCUGCUCUGAUGAUGCAAUUAGAAGCAAUGCAAUGGAUGCAUUUAGUCUUGCAUCUAUUAAAAGCGGCGGGGGUCCUAGUGGAAGAGGAAAAGGACACGAGUUUCCCAAUGCUAUUUCUUUUUGGAAUAUCAAGAACUCAGGCCCUAGUCCCGGGGGAAAUGGGCACGAGUUCACUAAUGAUAUUACUCUUGCAGAUAGGAAGAACUCCGGUCCAAGUCCAGGUGGAAAAGGACAUGGAUCUCCUAAUAUCGAAUCUCUUGGUAACAUUAAAAACUCAGGCCCAAGUGAUGGAGGAAAAGGACAUGAGUUUCCAACUACCGUUUCUUUUGGGAAUAUCAAAAACUCAGGCCCGAGUCCCGGAGGAAAUGGCCACAAGUUCACUAAUGAUGUUACUCUUGGAAAUAGGAAGAACUCCGGUCCAAGUCCAGGUGGAAAAGGACAUGGAUCUCCCAAUAUUGAAUCUCUUGGUAACAUUAAGAACUCGGGUCCAAGUGGUGGAGGACAUGGACACGAGUUUCCCACGACUAUUUCUUUUGGAGAUGUCAAGAAUUCGGGUCCUAGUCCAGGAGGAAAAGGACACAACAUGACGAAUGAUAAUAUUUUUGGAAAUAAUAAGAAUUCGGGUCCAAGUGCAGGUGGAAAAGGACAUGGAUCUCCUAAUAUUGAAUCUCUUGGGAACAUUAAGAACUCGGGUCCGAGUCCCGGAGGGAAGGGACAUUGAGUUACCACCAUGCAUUUGGGCACUAAUUAGAUCAUCUAUAUAUGGAAGUAGAAGAAAAUCAUUCAAUUGCGUAGUGGCCGGUGUUAUAAUGUUGAU